AUGAACCUUUUCUCUUGUUGUGUACCAUAUUUUGACAAUUGUUUGGAAUGUAUACAAGGGCCGUCAUUCUCAGCUACGGCAUCUUACUCACAGUUGAGCGUUCCGUUGACGCCUUCGAAUCGCCUCGAUGUCACUAAAAGUGGAAAGGACGUCGUCAUUCUCAAAGAAGGAGAACGGAUUUGUGGUACGGGUGGCGCUUUGGGAACAUUACCUAUUGUUCAGAAUAAGGCCUACUUCCAAGAGCCUUUGGAAUCGGGCUUGGUAAUUCCCAUGCAUCCCUCGAUGCAGUGCCGGUCACAAGUAACUUUUGGGGAAUUCGCGACAAUGGCGAUGUGA